AUGUGGGCAAUUUUGGUGGCUGUUAUAGUUCCUCUCAUUUAUUGGGGAUACCAUCACAUCAUACGUGAACUUAGAGAGAUUGACCCUGUAUUGUUGAAUCAUCAAUCAUCAAUCUCAGAAACCAGAAAACCAAGCGAGUCGGCAAUAUACAGAUCUGUCGAUGUUCCUCAUGGUGUUAGCGUCACAAGAGGAUUGAACUUAAGCGUGGGUUAUAAAAUAAGAGAUGGUUGUUUGAAAGAUAUUUGGCAUUUGGCAUUACGUUCUGCCGGCAAGUCGCACACAACAAUAACAUUAGGGAAACACAGAUACACAAUUGGUCAGGUAAACACUUUGCUACAUCAAAUAAAAGAGACGUUGGAUAACCUAGGAAACAUUGAAGCUGUUGCUCUGUUUGGUGACUUGAUGGAAUCUCCAGAGUUACUUUUGGUGGUCUGGACUUGCUUUUUCAUCACCGAUAUUAGGCUAAUUUACUAUAACUCAAAAGAGGAUUUCCAAUUUCAACUGGAGGAUGAAGUAAAUGUGCUUUUCACCAGUGAGAGGCAUGUUGAAGAUAUACCACUUUCUUUCAAAGAAAUUAUUGGCUUUAAUGUAAAAAGUCCAUUUACACGCUCAAUCGAUAUUGAUGAUGUAAUUGAAAGCAGUUUUGAAUUUAACUAUAAUCCUCAAAUUGACUUCGAGCAUGUUAAUAACCAACCUUAUUCUUUCAUUCGUAACAGACAACUGAUAAGGUUCUAUCAGCUAAACUUUUUGUCUGCAGUUGCUUCUAAAGUAAUGUCUAUUCCUUCAAGUUUAAGCUGGAGUACAAAUGACAAUCUUUUAAUAAGUUACACUAAAAAUAGUUGCUCCGUUAAUAAUAUCAUUUUUGAAACAUGUUGUGGAUUAGUUUCAGGUUUGAAUAAAAUUGAUAUAAUAAAUUCAAGGGAGAUCCCAAGUAUGAAAUCUUUGGCUGCCCAUGAACCAACAAUAAUUUGUAUUGACUCUCAUAUAUUGAAGCAACUAUGCAAUACUACAAGGAAAAGUUUCAUGCAGAGUUUCAUUUUGCAAAGAUCCGAAUAUUUUAAUUCUCUGGGCUAUUUUAACAGGUUUGGAAGAAUAGAGAAAUCUCUAAACUUGAAAGUUGCAUAUGUUGCUCAAUUAACGCCAAUGUUGUCGUCUUUUAUUUCAAAUUUUUGCAAGUCGGUUUUAGGAUCCCGCAUAAUCAGGGAAAUUUACACAGAUUUCGCAAUUGGCCCCAUCUUGAAAACGAAUGUAUACGAUUAUAGGGUAAUUAGAAACAAGUCUCUAGCGUUGUCUGGUGUUCCCGCUAACUCGGUUGAGCUAAAAACCAUCAAUCCAAAGGAGGGCAAUUCUCAUGGGAAGCUAUUAAUCCGGGGUAUGUCUGUUGGCAAGAGUGAGAGCCUCCAAACGGAUGAAGAGCACUGGGUUGAUACAGGGCUCGAAGGUACGUUUGCCAAAGAUGGCUGUUUUUACACUACUUUUUAA